UAGAUGGCGUCUUCAUAUCAACUUCCGACGCACCACAAGUUCGUUGAUGGAGUUCCACAGCCAGGUUAUCCGCGCUCCACGCGUCGUCUAUUGAAAGAAAAACACAUAGUGUUUUUUGUCUUCAUCGCGUUUCUCACCGUCUGCUUCGGAGCGUUCGUUUUCGUGCCAGACUUCAGAGAACGAGUUAGCGUCGAUGAAGCGUACAAGAAAUGGUUGACAGCUCAGCAACAGGCCGGGGAGCAAGCCGGUUGGGCUCUGCAGCCUCCGAGGGCUUUUGCUCAACAAGAGGCUAAUGUUAUGCAGCAGUCUGAAGAUAAGAAAGACGCGAACGGGAAUGCUGGUAUGGACAAUGUAAUUCAGUCGCAGGGCAAAGACGCAGGAAAGGCGAAUCAACAUCCGGAUUAUGUACGUCUACAAGAACAACAACAACAACAACAGAGAGAACAACAACAGAAAGAACAACAACAACAACAACAACAGAAAGAACAACAACAACAACAACAGAGAGAACAACAACAGAAAGAACAACAAGAAGAACAGAAACAACAACCAGAACAGCAGCAGAAACAAAAGCAACAGCAGCAGCAACAACAACAGCAACAGCAGAUGAGUCAGAAAAGUGAAGAUACAGAGAAGAAGAACUUUGUCUUGAAGAUGAUGAGGCAUGCGUGGAGCAAUUAUGAGACUUUUGCAUGGGGUUCUAAUGAAUUGAAGCCAAUGUCAAGAGUAGGCCAUUCUGCAUCUAUAUUUGGUGGCGCAAAAAUGGGAGCAACAAUUGUUGAUGCAUUGGAUACUCUGUAUGUGAUGGGAUUAAAAGAUGAAUUUGAGAAAGCAAAGGAUUGGGUAGCACAUCAGCUUCAUUUUGACACGGGCGACUCAGUUUCAGUGUUUGAAGGAAAUAUUCGGUUUGUUGGUGGAUUACUCUCUGCGUAUGCUCUUAGUAAAGACGAGGUAUUCAAAGCGAAAGCAAAGGAAUUUGCAGAUAAACUCUUGCCAGCUUUCAACACUGAGACAGGAAUUCCAAUGGGCGUCGUUAGCUUCAAAACUGGUGCAGCACGCAAUUGGGGCUGGGCAUCAGGCGGCUGUUCUAUUCUAGCCGAGUUCGGGACAAUGCAUUUGGAAUUCAGCUAUUUGAGUGAGGUGACUGGUGAUCCUAUCUAUAUAGACAAAGUGAAAAAAGUGAGGCAAGUGAUACAGAAAAUGGAUAAACCGAAUGGGCUGUACCCUAACUACCUGCAUCCCAAAACAGGAAGAUGGGGCUCACAGCAUGUGUCCAUCGGUGCUUUGGGAGACAGUUUUUAUGAGUAUCUCCUGAAGGCAUGGAUACAGACGUCACAUCAUGACACGGAAGCAAGGCAGAUGUAUGAUGAAGCGAUAGAUGCCAUUGUUACUCAUUUGGUGAAAGAAUCAAGUUCUAGCAAACUGACAUAUCUGAGUGAGAUGAGGUCGAGUCGUCCGGACCACAAGAUGGAUCAUUUGGCUUGCUUUGCUGGUGGCAUGUUUGCUCUCGGUGCAAAGACUUUGCAGAGUGAGAAAUCUCAGAAGAUGUUGGCAGUCGGUGAGGGUCUUGCAAAGACGUGCCACGAGUCAUAUGCACGAACAGCAACCAAGCUUGGCCCUGAGGGAUUCAGGUUUGAUGGUGCCAACGAGGCAACAGCAAUGAGACCGAAUGAGAAACAUUACAUCCUCCGACCAGAAACCGUAGAGACGUACUUCUACCUAUGGCGCCUGACUCACGACCAAAAAUACAGAGACUGGGCAUGGGAAGCAACUCAAGCCAUCGAGAAUCAUUGCCGUACCGAACACGGGUAUGCAGGAAUACGAGAUGUGUACAAUGCCAACAGUGCCAAGGACGAUGUUCAACAAAGUUACUUCCUGUCAGAAACUCUGAAAUACUUAUAUCUCAUUUUCUGCGAUGAUUCGGUAUUGCCGCUCGAAAAAUGGGUGUUCAAUACUGAAGCCCAUCCCCUCCCCAUCCUAGACCACAUUCCGAAAGGCAGAAACCUUUGAUACCU